ACAAAAGCAAAAACAAUAGUCAAAGCCCUAAACCUAAAAUAACCCCAAAAUCCUAAACCACCGCCAAACCCUCCUAUUCUCAAAAGGCUCGCACUUAUUCUUACAAACCCGAUACUUCAAAGAAAGAAAGAUGGCUGCUUUCAGUGGGAGUCGAUUCAAGCAGUUCUUGAAGAAGUACGGGAAGGUGGCACUUGGGGUUCAUUUCUCAGUUUCCGCAGCUUCUGUAACGGGACUUUACGUAGCCAUCAAGAACAACGUCGACGUUGAAUCGUUGUUGGACAAGUUACAUCUUCCGGGGCUUUCCAAAGACCAAAAGAAUCAAAACCCAUCUCCACAAUCGCCAAACUCGGAUGGGUAUUUGAUGGAAGAACCAAUUGAGACGAAGCAAAGAAAUCGGACGGCUGAGCUUGCCGCUUCCACUGGUGGGGCACUUGCAUUGGCUGUGCUUUGUAACAAGGCCUUGUUCCCUGUUCGGGUUCCGAUCACCAUCGCGCUUACACCUCCUAUCGCUAGGUUUUUGGCUAGGAGGAGGAUCAUUAAGAAUAGUGUAUGAUUCCCUUUUCUUUCAAUUUUUUUAAUAUUCAAAAAAUAUUUGAAGUUAUCUGUUUUCUUUAAAAAAUGUUUUAAUUUCUCUGAUUUCGGUUUUCUUUUUUGGUGAUGAUUGAGAAAAUUGAGAAAUGGAGAAAAAAGAUGUUAGUUGUUGAGAACUAUAGUGUUGUGUUUAAAUUGGAAACAGGACAACAAAUUUGCAAUAAUAAUUUCUUAGUAUUUUACUGUGA